AUGUCCAACUCUAAGAGCCAAUCAUUUUGCCAAGGUUAUGGAUCUAUUUUGCCGACUUUUCUUACCUACAUUGUUCCAUUCACCUUGAGACUUGAUGUUGUUAUAAGUACGAGCAAUCAUGGAUGGUACUCAGUACUCAAAAUUUUCAAAGAUAAUGUUCACUGUUUUUCAAGCAUCUCAUUUGCUUUGACUGGAUUCAGAAAUGGAGGGGGAUACAUUUUCGGGCUUUGGCUGUUAAUCAAUGAGAUUAAUCAGAACCAUGAAUCCAAAAUGCCUGAUAAUUUGAGCAGAAAUGUAGGGUUGAUCAGAGAACUCAAUAACAAUAUCAGAAAAGUUGCUGAUCUCUAUGCCGAUCUUUCAACAAAUUUCACCAGAUCCAUGGAUGCUUCAUCUGAAGGGGAUUCCAAUGGUGCCCUCAAGUCAGAUGGAAAAGCUGGUCAGAAGAGGAUUAGGCCUGCAGGUUAA